CACUCGCAUUAUCCUUGGAACAACCGCCGACCACUCAAAGCUCAGCCCCGUGGCCUUGCGACAACUGGCACACAUCCUUCCAGCUUCCACGCAAUCCUUCCAUGACAACCUUUCUUUUUUCCGGGACACAACUCCAACUCUCCACGCUCCUUCGUCCAACUUACCUUUUUAUCGUAUAGAGCUUCAUCGCAACACUUCCACUUCUACUUCCUAAUAUGCCAGUCGCAAAACGAGAGACCGAACUCUAUCGGCGCGAUGCAAAACUCAACCACAACUUGCUUACUCCCGAGGAACGAGAGAAGCUCAUAGAGGUACAACUUCCGAUACAUACGUCUCCAAUAAGAAGCGCAUGAUUAAACUAAUAUUCACUACAGCCUUUCCUUCCAGAUCCACCGCCGCGAUCCUCAAAAUCCAAAAGUAAUGGCCUCGUCAGGAACCUCCCUGACGGCCCGGAAGACAGUUAUUCCAUACCACUCAUCCGCGGUUUUCUGAAGAACCAGUUACACGCGCUAGUUUUCGCUAUAGUUCACACCUUCUUCUCCGUCUAUAUACGUCUCCGCCAGGCAUACCAUGGUAUGAAGGACCGCAUAUUCGCGAUUCUAUAUUACCACCAUCGAACGCCAGAGCUUAUUCAGAAGGACGUGAAAGGAUUGGAACGGUUACCCGAGCACGUCAGUGUUAUACUGAGGCUUGAAGAUGGCGGGAGGGGAGGAUCUGGGUUGGAGGCCCUUGUAGACGAAGUUGCCGAAAUAUCAGCUUGGUGUGCUUGUAUUGGGAUACCCACUCUUUCAAUAUACGAGAGAACUGGUAAGAGGAAUCAUCCGAUUAAGGUCAAGUCCUUUGCUAACUUGACGAAGGUAUUCUGAAGGCCUAUCUCCCAGCAACGCACACUGCGAUACAACGAAAGCUCUCAUCUUAUUUAGGACCACAGCACCCCGCGCUCUCCUUGCGCGCUCCUCAUAUGGCUCCCGUGGAUACCUCACCAACUAGCGAGAAUGCGCCGACGAAGAAAUUAUCCGUCAUCCUUCUCUCAGUGGAAGAUGGUCGAGACUCAUUAGUAGAUCUUACAAAAACUCUCACAGAUAUGACCCAGCGAGGAAAGAUUUCUACCAAAGAUGUCAACGCAGAACUGAUCAACGCAGAAAUAUCAGAAAGUGUAAUGGCCGAGCCAGAUCUCUUGGUAUUGUUCAGUCCAACAGUCGAAUUAUCAGGUUACCCACCCUGGCAAAUCCGACUCACGGAGAUCUUUCAUGUUCAAGAUAACCAAGGAGUCGGCUAUCAGGUGUUUUUGCGAGCGCUAUACAAUUUCGGAAACGCUCAGAUGCGAUUUGGCCGUUAGAGUAGGUAGAGUUUGCAAUAAAUGGCUACUUUUUGAACAAUUUCAUCUCUCUUGAUUGCUCAUCCCAUACGUAGACCGGGCCGGUCCCAACAUUAUAAUUAUGAUAGUUCUCGGUCCCUCCUUUUACCAUUGCCUUUCGGAAGGUAAUGUUGAUUCUUCCUCCGUCCUCUGCGUUUUUUCCUGUUCUUUUGGGGAUUGAAUGGAGCCAGUUUGCUUGCGUUUUCCCUUUCAUGAGAAUCAUAUCUCCACUAGCCAGUGGUAAUUUAAUCGGUUUUGUUUCUGGUGGCGGUGGCACGUUGUCAUUCGGUGGGAUUGGUUUAUGCUUCAUGAGGAAAUCUCUUCGUGCGCCGAGGGAGAAGGAUGCGAUUGCUGGGAGAUUUCCGAGGAAUCUUUCGUCGUCGCUAUGGUAUGAGAUGCUAUCUGAGCCCGAAGCGUAGUAAUUGACGAGACAGAAAUUGAAUGUGCAGCCGGUGGCUGCUUCUGUCGAUAUUCGAAGGUCGUCCAGACAUUUGGGAAUUGGUCGAGGUGGGUAUUUGGUAUAGUUUCUAUUGUUUAAUACCUUCUUUUUGGUCUUUGCGUCAACCACUUCACCAGACUCGUCGAAUUUGGAUGUUUCAUCUAGACCGAAUACGGUUGUAUAUCUACCAAUCCUGUUAGUGUGAUCCUUUUUCUUCCUUUUGGGGGCAACAUACCGAGGUGUUUUUAUUCUGGUCACGAUACCACCUCUGUUGAUAUCGUAUUCAACUCUAUAGAAUGGCAAUUUGGAACGUAAAAACUGGAAGACUUCACGUUCAAGAUACUUUGGGAAGUAAGGUUCGAAGUAGAGUAGAUCAAGGUCGGCUUGAUCGUUGAUUGCUCUUCCAAUGGUUGAGGGAAGCGAUGUCAGUUCUGACUCAAUUGAUUUCGGAAACUGCGAUAUUGGGAAUGGAUACGUUUGGUGAUGAGAGUAUUGUAUCUGUUUGCUCUGUUAGAGCCUCUGAUGAUGAUGACUUUGAUUCGGUCCUACACGUACUUCUUCUACAGAAUCAUUUUCAGAUGUAGAUGGCUCCGUAUCAUUGACUCGUGCCUUUUUGGGAGGAGGCUUGAAGAAAGCAUCAAGAGUUCUUUUCUUUGCCGACAUUUCGAAUUGUUACAGAAUUAUUGUACCUUUGAGUAAAUUGAGAAAGAAGCUUGAGGUUCCAAAACAACCCCAGACCUAAAGCAAUUACAGCCACCUGCAGCCUCGUCGACUUGACGUCAUCCAAUGAGGGUCUAAGCGCAAACACCCUGGUGCCCCCACCUCCGGUGGACAAGAAAAGUGGCAGAGACCUCUUUUAUCUUAUCCUAACUUAACUAAGAACCAUUAUAUUAUAUUAUUCAUUUGGUAUAAUUAAAGUGAUUUAUCGAAAAUGAUAGUACAAUAAAGGCAAUUGUUCCAGAAAAUACUAAACAUUUUAGUACUUAAGAGUUUACUUACGCUAAUAGUUAAAAAUUGAAUCUCUGCCACUUUUCUUGUCCACCGGGAGCCCCACGCAUCUCAGCCUCGUCAAAAGAAUCCACACAACCAUCGCAUCCCGAUCAUUUUGACUCACCCAAAUCCAAAUCCAACAUCACGAAAAUUCUGCCAUAAAACGAUACAUCAUGAAGCAAUGGCAGUUCGUAAAUCCUUACAACUCCCACUGCUCUCCAAAUUACAACGAGUAAACUAACUUAAAUACCCAGGACGUAAAUGACAAAACCACAAACUCACCAUCCACCGAAUUCAUGGCUCUACUGCGACCCCCGAUUGUUCGUUCCGCAACAGCUGCCCUUGAUCGCGCACUCUUCACCAAGACUUUUCCUAUUUCGGCGGUGCGUGUCAAGAAUCUAAGGGAUAUCUCGAAAAUUAAAACGGGACUUGAGCAGAGUAGGGAGAUUUUGAAACUUGAAAGACUUUUGAAUGUGAGGCCGGAUCCUAGUUCGACGAUAAAGGGGGCGAAGUGUUUAUUAUUGAGACCAGAGGUGAAAUCUGGAGGUGCGAGAAAUUGUUAAAUAAAUUGGAAGGGUGGGACUAAUUUUUGGUAGACCCUUCGACGUGGAGUCCAUGGUUGAAAGAGGCUGUGAAGGAUGAGAGUGUGGGGAUCGUGGAUUAUGAUUUGAAGCUGGAUUAUGAGUAUUGGACUUAUCGUACGUAUGUGGAUAUAUUGCAAGACAUCGCAAGAAGAGAGCUGAUUUUUGCUAGUUGAUGUUAUGACUUCUUUGCUACCAGAAGAUGCAUUGGGAGAAGUACCAGUUGGAUUUGCCAUCGUCGGCCAUGUUGGUAUUUACUACCCUUCCUUUCAUGAAAAUUAUACACUAACAUAAAAACAGCCCACCUAAACCUCCGAGACGAAUACCUCCCCUACAAGAAUAUCAUCGCCGAAGUCCUCAUGGACAAGAACCCAGGAAUCAGAACAGUAAUCAACAAAAUCGACGAUGUAGGUUCGCAAUCCGAGUUCCGAACCUUCGCAUACGAAGUCCUCGCUGGACCAGAUGACAUGCAAGUCGAAAUCUCCGAAUCGAAUUGUCUAUUCCGAUUUAAUUACUCGAAAGUGUAUUGGAAUAGUCGGCUUCAAACGGAACACAAGAGACUUGUGGAUCUGUUCCAAAAGGGGGAGGUUGUUUGUGAUGUUAUGGCGGGAGUUGGUCCUUUUGCUGUUCCAGCAGGCAAGAAGGGCGUUUUCGUUUGGGCGAAUGAUUUGAAUCCUGAGAGUUAUGAAUGCAUGAAGGAUGCUAUUACGAGGAAUAAGGCAUGUCUUUUUUCUAUUCAGUUCAGACCCCUCGUUUCUCUGUCGAAAUGUCCAAUAUUGGAAUUAACAAAGCCCCCACACCUCAAACCACUUCUCUUCGACGGAAUCCUCUUCGACUCAAUUCCCACAACCACCAAACUAACCCACCACCAGGUCUCAACCUACGUCCAACCCUUCAACCGAGACGGCCACGACUUCAUCCACUUCGCAGCCGACGACCUCCUCUCCCUCCCCAUCCGCACUCGAACCCUCCAAUCUAAACCACCUUCCCGCUCCGCCCCCAAUAAACCCCUCCCACCCCCAAAAACCGUCACAAUCCCCCAGACAAUAAACCACUUCGUCAUGAACCUGCCCGCGAUAGCAAUCGACUUCCUGGGCUCCUUCAACGGCCUCUACCACACGCACGAAUCCCUCUUCACACCACACACCUCCGUAAAGCUACCCAUGGUCCACGUGCACUGUUUCUCCACGAAGAGCGAGGAUAACGUCAAGGAGACGAAGGAGAUCUGUGAGAGGAUAUCCGAGAAAUUGGGGUGGACGAUUAAGCCUGGAGAUGAGGAGGUGAGCGUUUAUGAGGUGAGGGAUGUGGCUCCUAAGAAGAGGAUGUUUUGUGCGAGUUUUAGGUUACCUGCCGAGGUUGCUUUUAGAGAGCGGAGAGUGUUAGAAAAUGUGUGA